AUGACAUCUGACACCCUAUUCACUGCAAUAGCUCGUCGUGAUCCAUCAAAGAGGCAGAUAAAACCUGUAAAUACAGAGCACUUAGCUUUGCUUGAUGAACUGGACGAUGACAGCGAUAGCGAGUACGUUUGUGAAGAAAGAGAUGAAGAUGAUGAUGAGGAGACUCACUCAGGUUGUACUGAUGAAGAGGGUUCUAGUCCAGACGAUUCUUCAGUUAGCUCGUCCAACGUUUCUGAAGCUUCUGGUACAAGUAGGGUUGCGGUGUCUAAAUAUGGAAGGAAUUCACCUAAUGCCGUAGAAAAUGGAAAAUAUACCAGGGCACCGGAGUCGUUUUGUACUGGGCCAGAUAAUGACCAAGAUUUGACUGCUAAUCUAGCUUGUUUACCUUCAUUUAGCUCACAGUGCUCAAAGCAUGGUUUGUUGUCGGAACCCACUGUCGAAGAGAGUUCAGCGGACCCAUUUUUCGCACAUUGUCGUCAACAUACUGAUAAAACAGUUGCCCGACACCGUCGCCGUAAUUUCUUGACAACAAUGCUUAGGUUAAAGAAAUGGCGCUCGAAUAGACAGUUGGAUUUACAUUGUUUAGAUGAAAAAAAGCCAAAUAUUUCUUGUUUGAGGACUGCAACUACGGUGGACCCUCGCAUUCAGCGUAAACUUGAACAUUACCACAAGCUUUACAAGGACGUUCUGCGGAAUCGUGAAAAACCGUAUGUGCCACUUGUGAAAACGCCAAUGUUUUUGGAAACCUCCCCCGUUGCAAUGAGAAUGUUUGUAUUGAAGGCUAAAGCUCUUAAUUUACCCAUUGAACUAUCAAAUCAUAUGUCUAACGCAGAUUCAUCGAAAGGCCCAACACCUAGUUAUCCAGUUUUCACUCCAGAUUUCGUAUCUUAUUUCUUAGAGCGUGAAAGGAAAAUUACCGAAGUUUCAAAACUUAUUGCUACUUUACAAAAUACGCAGCGUGAACUACAAAUAUCAGAUGCUAGUGCUUCACACAGUUAUAAUUCGGUUUCAACGGAGUUAGAAAAAUUAAACAGUAGCCGUGGAAACUUGCGUGUGAAAUUCAUCCAUAUCGUAAACUCUCUCCGUAGUUUAAUUCCGGAACUAAAAUGUUCGUCGGAAUUAGAAACUAUCUUAGCGGAGCCUCGCCGCCUUCCAGAGACGGCUAGUUUUGACCUAAGCUCAUUAUCUAAUCCAGUGGACUCCAAUAAAACCGCCAAAUUCGGAUCUUCAGCAGUUAUUGCCGCCUCAAAGCGUAGAGGCAACCGUUCAUCUCCGUGUAAGUUGCGAAAAGCUUCAAAAUCUGAGGCAGUUGAUCAAAAUGUCAAACCACUAGACAUUCCAGCGGCUUCACACCUUGAAAAGUGUUCAAGUAUUGUCACAUAUGAAUCAGAGAAUGUGAUAUUAGAGUGUAUGAUGUGUCACGGACUUCAGGAUCAACAUUUAAUUACAAGUUGUGAUACAUGUGGGAAGGCAUUUCAUUUGGCAUGUCUUGAUCCCCCAUUGCUACGCAUGCCCAAACGUAGUAAACUUUACGGUUGGCAGUGCUCAUUUUGUACGAAGGAGGUUUCUUCGAUCCCAGGAGCUGAGGCGAUUGAUGUAAAUGCUCCACGGCAACUUCGUCGUUCCAGUGGUAUACCAUCUGACAGGACAACUUGCAUCAAAACUGUAGAUCUCAAACCAGAUAUUGAUCCAAUUUCUCAAGUCUCUGCUCACCCAAUUAUUUCUGGUGAAAUUAAAUCAUCUCCUACUCACGAGCCUGUUUCAAAAACACUUCGGAGAAGUGUUAGUUCAGCACCUACUUACCAGGGUAACCUUGGAAAUCCUGUUAAAAAUGGUAAGAGGACGUCCAGUACCAUAUUAAAGACCAUAUCGGGUUUGUCUUCGAAACGUAUAUCUAUGUCCACCAGUAAACAAACAAAAAGAUGCGUUUCAUCUCAGUUGCCUUUAGAAAAGGAUGUAAAAAUUAAUAUUGGUUGUAAGGUUUCUACCAGUCCUUCAGUAGUGAUGACCCAUGUUUGCAGUGCUGAUUUUGAUCAGUUUAAAUUCACUGAUGAGACUGAAGACGAACCUAUGAUUCAUGCUGGUAGUAGCUUAAAGAGUAAGUGUGAAUCUGAUGAAGAAAUAGCUCAGUUACGUUCAUCGAAAGUUAUCAAAUUCGUGCAAAUUCGAGAUCAUGAAAGUAAUGGUGAAUCUGAAGCUGUUGAACGAAUAGCUCCUCUUCAGCAACGUUACGUUAUCUGUCAAGAGUCUAAUCCUCAUCCAAAGAGAUCAACUGCUGGGAAAUUUAGGCUGAAAUUCAAGAAACUUUAA